AACUUCCGCACUUCAGUUUUCUUGUUUGACGCAUUAAGAAUGGGCGCUUGUAUGGCUUUGUGCUCUCUGGCGAGCUGCGCAUCCUGUCUGUGUGGCUCUGCUCCGUGCAUGUUAUCAGGAUGUUGCCCUUCCACCUACAACUCCACCGUCACACGCCUGGCUUUCUCCUUCUUCCUACUGCUCGGCACUCUCGUGUCUAUCAUCAUGAUCCUCCCAGGAAUGGAGAGUUACCUGGAAAAGAUACCUGGAUUUUGUGAAAAAGGCAUACGGGUACCAGGCUUUGAAGGAAAGGUAAAUUGUGAGGUUAUUGUUGGCUACAAGUCCGUGUACAGGAUGUGUUUUGCUUUGGCCUGCUUUUAUUUCCUCUUCUCCAUCAUCAUGAUCCGAGUGCGUAGCAGCAAGGACCCACGCGCUUCCAUUCAGAAUGGAUUCUGGUUCUUUAAGUUCCUAAUACUGGUUGGAAUAACUGUCGGCGCUUUCUUCAUCCCAGACGGCACAUUUAACACAGUGUGGUACUAUUUUGGUGCGGUUGGCUCCUUUAUCUUCAUCGUGAUGCAGCUGAUUUUGCUGAUGGACUUUGCUCACACAUGGAAUCAGACUUGGGUGGAAAAUGCUGAGAAUGGCAACAGAAAGUGCUGGUUUACAGCUCUGUUGUCCUUUACCUUUAUUUUCUACGCGGGCGCCUUUGCUGCAAUGGUGCUCUUUUAUGUGUACUACACUCAGCCGGAUGACUGCACCGAACACAAAGUUUUCAUCAGCCUGAACUUUCUCUUCUGCAUCAUAGUGUCUGUCGUCUCGAUUCUCCCGAAAGUACAGGAAGCCCAGCCUAGCUCCGGUCUUCUGCAGUCCUCUCUGAUCUCACUGUAUACCAUGUAUCUCACCUGGUCUGCUAUGAGCAACAACCCCAACCGGAAGUGUAACCCCAGCCUGCUCCAGCUGGUUACCCACAACCCCACUACCACUGUUGCCCCAGUUCCCACCAUACCGCCUGGGCAAGUCCAGUGGUGGGAUGCGCAAGGAAUUGUGGGAUUGGUCAUCUUCCUCUUUUGCACACUAUAUGCCAGCAUCCGAUCGUCCAAUAACUCUCAGGUGAAUAAGUUGAUGCAGACGGAGGACAGGCAGGAGUUGGCGCUGGACAAGGUGGCAGAAGUGGAGGAGGACGGAGUGAGACGUGCUGUGGAUGAUGAAGAGGAUAAAGUGACCUACAGUUACUCUUUCUUCCACUUCUGCCUCAUCCUGGCUUCUCUUUACAUCAUGAUGACUCUCACCAACUGGUAUCAGCCGAACAGUGACUACCAGUCCAUGCAGAGCACUAUGCCUGCAGUGUGGGUGAAGAUCAGCUCGAGCUGGCUGGCAUUGGCGCUGUACCUCUGGACUCUCGUGGCUCCUCUGAUCCUCACCAACCGAGACUUCAACUAGACAGCAGCGAAAUAAUUCCAUCGCAGGUUCUCUUCUGUUUGACCUCUUCUAUGCCGUAAACUAAAACUUACACCUAGCAUUUUUCUUGCUUUUAGGAAAAACAUGUUUCUCGGAAAGAAAUUUUGUAACUCUACCUGAAUCAAACCUAUAAUCCACUCCAAAAGACCCCAGAUUGUACACUACAGACCUGCUUUCCGAUGAGGAGAAUCAGCUAGCAGGGUAAUGUGGCUCAAUAUCAACCAUAUUGUAUGAAGAGAUUUAUAUACAUGAUUUUUUUUUCCCCUAGAAUUAUGAGAAAAUACAUCCAAAGUAGAAUCCAAGAAAAUCAAAAUCAAUAAACUGAUUUUUUUUUUUUUCUCCUCCCUUGCGACAAAUGUAGUGUCUAAUAUUCAUUUAACUCCUAAGAGUCUUUCAUUAUUAAAGUCUGUGAAGCACUGAGAAGGACACUAUAUAUUUGUUAAUCUACAAAACAUCCUGUAAUUCUGGCGUCUAUCACAUGUAAGAGCUAAAAUUAUGCUGUACACAGUUUUUCACUUUUCAACAUUUCCACUCUGCUCAGGAACGUCACAUCAGACCUGGGUUACGGUGUCCGUAAAAUCUUCCUGUCGAUUUUAAGAGGGUUUUUUUUUGGAGUACACUUUGGACCAAAGAGAAAACAAGUGCAUUUAUAUAUUUAUACCUAACUUUUGAAGGAACAAAUUUGUGGGUUUUACACUGAUUUUUUUUUUUUUCUUGCUUGUAUUUUGCACAUUUUAUCCUGCAGAAAAUAUUAAAGCUUUUCACUGUAUAAUUUUCUGGAAGUUAUUCAUGUUAAGCUGCACUGCUGCUUUUUUUUUUUUUAAAGAAGGGAAAUACACUGCAUUUCCUAUAGGUGGAGCUUUCUCUAGUGUAAAUCCUACAUAUGUGAGCGAGAGAGAUGGUGAAACAGAUAGACCAGGAGGAUCCGUGAGAAGCCGUAGCCAUGUAGGAUUACACGACAGUAAGCUACACUGUAGUACCAGGGUGUUUCCUUUCAUCUUCUGUUCUUUGUCACAUGACCAUCACGGCUCAGUUCAUAAUCACAGAAAAUCCCUACUUUACACUCUCUCUCUCUCUCUCUCUCUCUCUCUCUCUGCAUGAAAUCAUGAACACCUACUUGGCAAGCGCUGCUUUGGGGAAUGUGAUUUCCCCCUCGUAAGACUGGCGUGAGGUGGGGCGAACACAACACCCACAUUCAUACCUCUCUACUGCUGAAGAGAGACAUUAAGAGAGUGUAGGAAAACUGCCGAUCCUGAAUCAACCCUUCUGCUAUAUUUUACUUUUUAUAUUCAUGUCAUACUAUACGUCUCUUAGAAUAGAGCAUGUGAUUAAAUUCAAACUGAUUUGAUGCAUACAAUCUUGUAUGUUUCAGUAUGUAGCUCAAAUUGGUCAUCAGAAUCGGUUGUGAAAAAUGAUUAACGUGGAUAAACCUGUUAUUAGCAGAAGCAAUAAAAUCAUUUUGAAGUCAAAA